GUGUACAACAAUUAACAAAGGGGUACAUUAUAUAGAAGUGGACUGGUGAAGGAGGACUGUGCAUAGUCAAAGAAGUACAAUAAUACAAAAAGGAACUAUAUUUUAUAUGCUCUCUCCACGAUAAAACAUCCAUAGCUGAAGCUUGGAAAUAUGGUUCGAGGAACGAGGAAAGAGGGAAGUACAUCUAGAGUUGAAGAGUCCCUAAAUACCAACACAAAUGCAGUGACGGAGUGUGUUCGUUAUAUAUUAUGUCGUGAAGGAAGCAAAGUGCCAAUCAAAAGAAGUGAAAUCAAAGAUUAUCUCAGUACGUCUUCACAAAUCUCCCAAAAUGAUAUGAAUUCUAUCAUAUUGGAAUCUGAAAGAGUUUUAAAAAAGAUCUAUGGUUUUAAAUUAGUGCAAAUAGCAUCAAAAUCUGGAGUUCAAUAUAUUGUAGUUUUGGCUGAACUAUGUGAAGAUUCCUUGUUAUCUACAGUAACUGAUGUUUCUCACAGACAGCUGCUUGUGGCAGCACUGACACAUAUUUUUAUGACUGGAGGACCUGUAAAAGAUGAUGAUAUGUGGAAUUUUCUCACCGAAACUGGUCUCCUAAAAGAAACAGAUAAUGCAGGGCGCAAAAUAAUUACUAAUUUAUUUACUAAGCAAUUAUAUCUAAAGUAUACCAAGGUUGGGGAAAAUGAAUUAGCGAGAUAUGUUUUCGAAUGGGGUCAAAGAGCCAUUGAAGAAGUACCAAAAAUAUUUCUACUUAACAAAAUGGCACAGGCAUUUAAAAGAGAUCCAAAUGACUGGAUUGAACAAUACCAAGUCUGCACAGUUACAGAUUAGAAUUGGACUCUAUUAAACUCAAAAGUUGUCGAAGUUUUGAUUGAUAUAAAAUGUUACUUUGUCAUGUGUAUUACACAUGUUACCACAUCACAAAUUCCCAUUCACAUAUUUACCAUACAAGUAUACAAGUAUAUUUUGAUAACACAGGAAACAUUAAAUAAAACCAUUUUAUCUGAA